AUGGAUUCCAAAAAGAAGAGGAACAAGAAGAAGAAGGGAAACCAAGGGAAGAAUGCCGCUGAUGUCACAUCCAAUGCUGGGGAAGCUGCUCCCCAGCACCACAAGCACGAGUCAGCCCCAACAGAUCAUCAUAAAGGUUAUGAUGCAGAUGAUGCCAUGUCCAGUGUUGGAGAGGGAGUUCCUCAGUACAAGAAUCACCAGCCAAAUCUACAGGCAGAUCAUAAUGGCACAAAUGCUUAUGAUACUACAUCCUCCAUUGGAGAGGGUAUUGCUUGCUAUCAGAACAAUGAACCUAUGAUGACACAGGAGAAUCACAAGGCCAGCAAUGCUGUCCCUGCAGAUCAGAGGAGUGUUGGACUGUCAGAGUCUAGUGUGGAGCUUGACAUGCACAGACUUUAUGAAGCAAAACUAGAUAAAUUACAUGAGACAAUAAAGCAGUUGGAGAAUGAAAAGAGUUUAUGGCUUCAAAAAGUGAGCACCAUGGAGGGUGAACUUGAAAAGUUGCAUAGCAAAGUGGGUUGUCAUGCUCAAAAUGAGGUCCUUUUGGAGGGAAAAGUGAAUAGUCUACAGAGUGGUUAUGAUGUACUGAUUAAGAAGGAGGAAGUUUUGGAUAACAAAGUCAGGCACAUAGACAACAUCAAUGACACCUUAACUCAUCAAGAGGCUUUGCUUAAAGAAAGAUUAAGUGGGCUGGAGGAAACAAAUAAAGCCCUGCUGGUACAGGUGAAGGUGUUGGAGGAAGCUUCAAACAAUACUUUUGAGGAAAAUCAGAUGUUGGUAAAAAAAAUAGAUGAACUUGAUUCAAGACUACAAGCACUUGAAGCAAAGUGUGCUCCUAGUGAAGCCUCAAUGGUUGAAAAGUUCCCUGAUGAUAAGGUGAUGGAUCAGGUGGAUUUUGCCAAUUCACCACUUCAGGAACAGACAAUUGGUUUUUCCGAGGGUAACAAACUGAUUGCUGAGAGAGGUUUGAGCAGUUCAGUAAAAAUUAAUCCUGAUAACAGCUAUGGUCAAAUCUACGAUAUUCCUAGCAAGGCCUAUGCUAGUAAUUAUCCAGAGGAAACGUCAAUACAGCUUCCAGAAAUAGGCACCAGCAAUAGCAUUGUUCAAGGUCAUGUUGAUGUCAAUGAGCAUCGAUUUGAUGGACCAAGAACAAGUGAAGAAAUCGUUCCACUUCCAUUGGAUGAUAUACAGAUUCAUGAGGAUUACCCACAGCAACCGGGAACAGCCGAUGAGACAGAUGAGGUUCCAUUUUCCGACGCCCCAAUCAUUGGUGCUCCAUUCAGAUUGAUCUCAUUUGUUGCUAGGUAUGUCAGUGGUGCUGAUUUGGUUAACCAAAAAUAA